GAAAGGAUUUGGGGGAGGCCUUUGCCCAGUACUGGGACACAGUGGGCUAAAGAAAAAAUAAAAAAUACGAGUGUAAAUUGGUGGUAUAAUGAUGGAUCUAGGAAAAAUCUUAAGUACUUAAUUUAUUUUUCGUUUUUCUUGUGCAAUAAAUAGCUUGUUGAUUUAAAAUUUCCUUUAAAGUUUACCGUUUUACAUCUCGGAUUCAAAGUGAGAAUGUUAAUUCAACAACCAAUAAAGUGACUUCAAUAGCCUUAAAUAUCUUAGUUUAGUCUUUAAUUGCCAUUUUUUUAGUUACCAUGAUAACAGUUUUUAAAUGCCUUAUAAAUAUUUAAAAAAAUAAUAUGUUCUGUAUUUUAAACCAUAGAAUAAUGUUAUUUAAGUUUAGGUUUUAAUUGUUAUACUGUUUUUUGUAUAUAGAUACUUGUUGGUGGGCCUCCGUACUUAGACUGCAAAUUGGCCAAUUGCGCCUACGGUUGGUCUUGGGAGGUGUUCAGUCUAGCCAUCCCAACACCCUGCGCAAGUUUUUUUUUGGAUAUUUAACUAAAGUAUUAUUUAAAGGGACUGUUCUAAUUUCGUAUUAUAUUCAAAAACGUAAUUUCUGUUAAAAAAAAAGUUACAUAAAGAUGAAAACUUCUCGUUCUGAGUGUAUUGUUCUCCGGUUUCCCAAAUGCUAAUUUAAUCACACAUUGUUUGCCAAACCUCUUGUUAAUUUUAUAAUUGGUUAUAAAUAUUAUUUUCAACCAUAAUACAAUUGUUUUGAUACCAGAACUUCUGAUCUGCAUUUUAAGAGAAAUCAUUGUAUUUUACGUCUAUUAUUAGCUAUAUCGUUAGUAAAUGAAAAAUAUAUCUACGUAUUUAAUUUUAGCUAAAAUGCUAUUGGAACUAAUGGGCGUAGUAGAAUAUUCUAUACGAAUUUGUAUGUAAAACAUAUACCAUUAAAUGGUAAAUAAAAUAUUUCAUUGUUUAAUGAUGGUUUAAUUUACCUCUUCUUAGUCAAAUGUACUUUCUACUGUCUGUGCUUAUGCUAAUUGCCUGUUAAUUAACUAAACAAUUUGUUUAAUGGACAGAUAGUUAUUUUAAUAUAUCAACAUCAGCUUAUUGAAAUCCACAACAGGCUUUGCUAAGGCUACAAUAUUAUUAUUAGAAAGUAAAUAAAACGUGGAAAAAUCUGCAUCGAAAUAUCAAUGCAUGCUAAGAGAAUAACACACAGCUAAUGAAAAGAGAAUUAUCAAUAGUUUUUCUUUAUUAAAAUUAUUAGUCUAUUACUUCAAAUGUGUUUACUUUGAUGGCACAACCUGUUACAAAGCAUUACUAUCUCCAAACGACAUGACCACAACAUUAAAUCGACAUAAAGCAACAAGUACUUAAUUACAAUUCAAUUAGCUUGUAAUAACCAAGUCUUUAUAUACCAUCAUCUAUACGUGAUUACUAACAGUGUCAAAAUGCGGCUGACUAUAGUAGUGGUUGCCUUGUGCUUAGCACAUGCAUACGGCGAUGACAUCGUAGGAGAAAUCGCCAAAGCCCCAGAGGAACUAGUUCAUGGCGCUGUAGACUUAGUCGAUGGAUUCUUCGGAGGAGGAAAGAAAUACCGCAACCCCUGCACUCGCGACAUCUCCAAAGACUACAAAAGGUCAAUAAAUAAGUUCUACAAUCGUCUCUACAAUCAAGUGGCUGCCCGAAAUGAUUACCACUUCGUUUUCUCUCCUAUUUCCGUUUGGCUAUCGUUGUCUGCUUUAGCUGAAGGUGCUGACCCACCACUCCAAAGUCAGCUGUUCAACGCUCUCCAUUUGCCUAAAGAAGCAUGCGCCAGAGACAGGUACUACAAGAUAGCACUCAGCGUCGAACGAACAGGACACGAUGUAACCUUUAUAAGGCGAAGAAGCUUGUUCCUAGAUGAGUCGUUGAAGAUAAACCCUGAAUGGGAAAGAAACACGCAUAGGAACAGCGAAGGACUCCGCCUCUUGAACUUCAACCCUGCGCCUAUCAAGGGUAACCCAGAAGCCGCCUCCAAAAUCAUGAGCGAUUUCCUAGCGACGCCUACGAAUCUAGCUGUGACAGGAAACUCAAUAAUUCUCGACUAUUUGGAGUACCAAGGGUUGUGGGAAUACGCGUUUUCCGAAGCGAGUAUUCACCUCCAUCCAUUCUUCGACGAGGCUCAUAAUGUUUUGGGGCAAGUGGAGAUGAUGCGGAUGAAGAAACGGGUCCGGUUGGCCCACGUUCCCUUCAUGAAGGCCAAGGUCUUGGAGCUACCAGUCGGUGAACACGGACGGUAUACCAUGCUCUUUGCAUCUGGUACCGAGAACUGCGUCAUCAAGGAUGCUGUCAACAUUUUUAUGAGCUCCAUCAUGGAUAUAUUCCCACUGCUCACAAUGAGUCUGGUCCCCAUUGAUAUUGCUAUACCGAGGUUUUGCCUGACGUCAGAAUUUAAUUUGCGUGGUCCACUUGAAGAUAUCGGCAUUCGAGAGUACUGGAUGGAUCCAUUGGCUACUAGUAACUCUUUUCCCAGAUUCGUAUCAGACCCGCCAGCGGCUCCAGGCGGUUUGAUCCAGCACGUCUCCGUGAAAGUUGGUCCUCAAGGCCUGAAGGCCAAGAAACGUCAUCACUCUGGCCUACUAUCCAGCCUCUUUGGCCUGGCUACUGACACGGUGUCCGAUGUUGCGAAGAUCGUCGGCCAUGACUUUAUAGCUGACAAACCGUUUAUAUUCGCGCUCUUUGAUACAGAGACCCAUACUUGUAUAUUUGCCGGUGCUUAUUCGAAGCCAAUGCCGCCUGAUAUGCGGGUGUAAAUUGUUUUGAUGACUGGUUGGUUUUAUUGUUUCUUUAAGAUUCAUUACUA